AUGAUUUAUCAACAAUUUCAAGAUUCGCAAUUCUCUGAACAAAUCUUAAUGAACCAUCAUCCCAAACCAACUCUUCUCUAUUGUACUCCUCCUCAUUCUCCAUUACCGAUGUCCAGCAAUUUAGCGUGUGUGAAAUCCAAACAUCGAUGUUAUUACACAUCUUAUUCGCCUCCAGAAGAUACGCUAGCAACAGUUCCUGAAGAUGAAGCAAUCAAAGCCAUACGACAACAACACUGGAUCCAAACUCAAAGAAUGAAUUCUCAACCUACUGUUGUAAAGAAUGAAUAUGAUUUGGGAUCUACCAAUGGAUCUUUUCUUAACGAUGGCUCCUUCCUUGGUUUAAAUGUCGAAAGUCCCACUGUACCUAUUGCUUUGGUCUCUGGCACUCAAUACGUUCCUACACGAUUUCAAACUCCACAACUAGCUCAAAUCCCUCCUACUUCUCCAAAUUCGGUACAACAAUCUUAUAUGGUACCGCAGCAACGUCAACAAAUUUCUACUCAAUCGUCUCCUCUUAUUAAUCAAAAUACCCUUACUUCAUUUUUGCAGCCAGCUUCUCCAGGAGCAGGUCCUAUGAUACCACCAAGUGGUUUCGCAACCGUGACUCAAUUACAAUUAUGGAUUUAUGAAAAGAUUAUAGCUUUAAGUCAAGAAUGGAGAGGAGAAGCUGAUCAAUCUUACGUUUUAGAUCCAGAUGAAAGAUUAAAAUUACGAAUGGUUGAUUAUGAACAACAAGGACAAUUUUAUGUUGCACAACAACAAUUCGAUGUUGAAAUUGAAUGUUCAGAAUAUACUUCUGUUAAUACUGGUGAUUUUAAACCUUAUAAUGAUUUAAAUCAAUAUGACGAUGACGAUCGACAUAGUGGCAAUAGUAAUCCAAGCAGUAUCGAUAUAGAUCCAAUGGAUACUUUUCUUCAUAAAAUUUAUGCUUUCGUUCGUAAAUUUAUGAGAGAUGUUCCUUGGUUACGUGAUAAUUUCAUGUUAAAUUUUAGAAGAACUCCAUCAAUUGCGAUGGAUUAUGAUAUUACUUGCGAUGGUGUAUUAUCUGAUGUUGCAGUUGAAAUUCGAAGAAAUCAACCAUCUUUAUUUUAUCCUCAACAACAAAAUCGACAACAAUUAUUUUCGGUACAAAACGAUAUUUAUGAAUCACAGAACGAUAUAGUUAAAGGACGAUUAUUUUUAUAA